UGUGUCAAUGGUGUCGACAAUGUUUGGCGCUUUAAUUUUGUGAUUUGUGUGUUUUCUAUUUACGUAGGCAGACAUUCGUGAUCAUCCAAGAUGCCAGCGUUCCUCAAGUAUAUUGACAUGGAGAAUUUCAAGUCCUAUCGGGGUCAGCACCGGAUAGGACCUCUGAAAUCUUUUACGGCAGUGGUUGGCCCCAAUGGAUCAGGCAAGUCCAAUUUCAUGGACGCCGUAAGUUUCGUGAUGGGGGAGAAGACAUCGUUGCUUCGUGUGAAGCGCUUGAGUGACCUCAUUCACGGCGCUUCUAUCAACAAGCCUGUUUCGAGGAAUGCUUCAGUAACAGCCACAUUUGAGCUGGAAGACGGUACUGAGAAGCAAUUCAUGAGAUCUGUAAUUGGACAGUCAUCGGAUCACAAAAUUGAUGGCCAUUCCGUGUCGGUGAGUAACUACUUGGCAGAGUUGGAGCGUCUAGGCAUCAAUGUGAAGGCUAAGAAUUUCCUGGUGUUCCAAGGGGCUGUUGAGAGCAUUGCCAUGAAGAACCCUAAGGAAAGGACUGCUCUUUUUGAGGAGAUCAGUGGAUCCGGUGUCCUGAAAGAGCAAUACGAAGCGUGCCGCGCCGAAGUGAACCGCGCAGACGAGGAGGCCCAGUUCAGCUACCAGAAGAAGAAGGGAGUGGCCGCCGAGAGGAAGGAGGCCAAGUUUGAGAAGGAGGAGGCCGAGAAGUACACCCGGCUUAAGGAGGAGCUGCAAGAGAAAAAAGUGGAGCUCCAGCUCUUCCACCUGUACCACAACGAGAAGGAGAUCCAGAACCUGGAGGAGGACCUGCAGCACAAGCAGUCGGAGUUGACCAAGGUGGAGAAGAAGCGGCAGAAGGCCGAGGACUCUCUGAAGGAGAGGAAGAAGGAGUCGGGGACAGUGCAGCGCGAGCUGGCCAAGAUCGAGCAGGAGAUCAGGGAAGUGGAAGCGGAGAUUUCGAAGAAGCGUCCCACAUUCAUCAAAGCUAAGGAGCGAGUGACGCACACUCAGAAGAAGCUGGAAAGCGCCGCCAAGACUCUGGAGCAGGCCAGAAAGGCGCACGAGGCGCAUCAGGCGGAUCUCCGCAAGCUAGAGGCGGAGCUGCGCGCUGUGGAGGAGCAGCGCGCCGCCUGGGAGCAGUCCGCGCCGGGCUCGCAGGCCGCGCGCGCCGACGUGCACCUCGAGGAGGCCCAGAUCCGCGAAUACGAAGAGCUGAAGAUGGAAGCGUCUCGGCAGGCGGCUCGCUACUUGCAGGAGCUGGACUCGGUCAACCGCGAGCAGAAGGCGGACCAGGACCGGCUGGACAACGAGCUGCGUCGCAAGGGCGAACUCGAGAACAAGCACAGGCAGAAGGGCCACGAGAGAAACGAGGCAAUGAAGCGCGUGGAGAAACUGAACGAGCACAUCCGCAGUUCCGAACAAGCAUUGGAAGAGCAGCGCAGACUCAGAGCCGAGUUACAGGCGGACGUCGGGUCCUGCCGCAGCCGCGCCGACGAGCUGCAGGCGGCGCUGGAGGACGUGGCGGCGCAGCUCGGCGACGCCCGCGUCGACAAGCACGAGGAGGCCCGGCGGAGGAAGAAGCAGGAGAUUGUCGAGAACUUCAAGCGGGAGAUACCUGGCGUGUACGAUCGCAUGAUCAACAUGUGCCAGCCCACACACAAGCGCUACAACGUCGCCAUCACCAAGGUGCUCGGCAAAUACAUGGAGGCCAUCGUCGUGGACACUGAGAAGACUGCCCGCCGCUGCAUCCAGGUCUUGAAGGAACGGAUGCUGGAGCCUGAGACCUUCCUCCCCCUGGAUUACAUUCAGGCAAAGCCGUUAAGGGAAAGACUUCGUGACAUCCGAGAGCCUAAAAACGUGAAGCUCCUCUUCGACGUGCUGCGUUUCGAGCCGCCGGCCAUCCACCGCGCCGUGCUGUUCGUGACUAAUAACGCGCUCGUGUGCGAGACUCCCGAGGACGCCUCGAGAGUCGCGUAUGACUUGGAUCGGAGCAAGAACAGCCGAUACGACGCCCUGGCGCUGGACGGAACAUUCUACCAGAAGUCCGGCAUCAUCUCCGGUGGUUCUCUCGACCUGGCGCGCAAGGCCAAACGCUGGGACGAGAAGCACCUCUCCCAGCUCAAGGCCAAGAAGGAAAAGCUCACCGAAGAGCUGAGGGAAAGCAUGAAAAAAUCUCGUAAGGAGUCAGAGUUGACUACUGUUGACUCGCAGAUUCGUGGGCUGGAGGCAAGACUGAAGUAUGCUCAGAGCGACAGAGAUACCACCUUAAAGCAAAUCAAGCAGUUGGAUGCAGAGUUAGCUGAACUCGAAAGAGCUAUGGACAACUUCGGGCCUCAAAUCGAAGCGAUCGAGCGCACGAUCGCGGCGCGCGACGCCAAGAUCCAGGAGGUGAAGGAGAACAUGAACAACGUGGAGGACGUCGUGUUCCGCCGGUUCUGUAGGGACAUCGGCGUCGCCAACAUACGUCAAUACGAAGAACGCGAGUUACGCGCGCAGCAGGAGCGCGCCAAGCGUCGCAUGGAGUUCGAGGCGCAGAUCGAUCGCAUCGCUUCCAAUCUGGAGUUUGAACGCUCUCGUGAUACUCAGAAGAACGUAACCCGCUGGGAGCGCACCGUGCAGGACGGCGAGGACGAGCUGGAGGCGGGGCGGCAGGCGGAGGCCAAGCAGCGCGCCGACGUGGACCGCGAGCUGCAGCGCGCAGAGGCGCUCAAGGCCGCCCGCGCCGAGGCGCGCGCCAGACACGACAAGGCCGAGGAGGACGUCAACAAGGCCCGCAAGGACCUGGCGUCCAUCCAGAAGGACAUCCAGAGCGUGCAGAAGCAGAUCACCAGCAUCGAAUCCAAGAUCGAGAGUAAGCGCAGCGACCGCCACAACAUCCUGCGCCAGUGCAAGAUGGAUGACAUCGUGAUUCCGCUGCUGCAAGGCAGCCUGGAGGAAAUGGGAGACAACGAGUCCGAACCCUCGUCCAUGUCCACCACCCAGCAGUACAACAGAGAUGCCAGUAUCCGUGUGAACUACCGCUCGCUGUCGGAGUCCCUCAAGGAGCUGGAGGAGGCUGAUGAAGUGAAGCGCAAAGCCGACAAGCUGCAGAAGGCCAUCAACAACCUGCAGGCCACUGUGGACAAGAUACAGGCGCCCAACAUGAGGGCCAUGCAAAAGCUGAACGAAGUUCGCGAGAAAGUGAACGCGACGAACGAAGCGUUCGUGGCCGCUCGCAAGCGAGCGCACCGCGCCAAGCUCGCCUUCGAGAAGGUCAAGAAAGAGAGGCAUGACAAGUUCAUGGACUGCUUCGAACAUGUCGCUAACGAGAUCGACGCUAUAUACAAGGCGUUAGCAAUGAACCAGUCAGCCCAAGCCUUCCUCGGCCCCGAGAACCCGGAGGAACCAUACCUGGACGGCGUCAACUACAACUGCGUGGCUCCCGGCAAGCGGUUCCAGCCCAUGUCCAACUUAUCUGGUGGGGAGAAGACGGUAGCCGCCUUAGCUCUGCUGUUCGCCAUACACAGCUACCAACCAGCGCCGUUCUUCCUUCUCGACGAGAUCGACGCGGCGCUCGACAACACCAACAUCGGCAAAGUCGCCUCCUACAUCCGCAGCAAGAAGGGCUCGCUACAGACUAUCGUUAUCUCCCUGAAGGAAGAGUUCUACGGGUGUGCUGACGCGCUGGUCGGCAUCUGUUCAGAGCCGGCGGACUGCCUGGUCAGCGACGUCUACACGCUCAGCCUGGAGCAGUACGCAGACUAGAUUAUAUUCAUUAUUUAUCCAUUUAUUGACAUUUCGUUAAGGUUUAAGUUAUGACAUACAUUCAAUUUUGUAAUACUA